AGUACCACGCGCGUGGUUAGGCCGUAACUAUCUGUACAUACCUAAAACCGUGUCUGGUGAACCCAGCCCGUUGCAAACUGGUUAUAUUACGGCUCUUGAUAUUAUUAUUAUUAUUAUAUGUUCUCGUCUACCACGGUAAUAUAGGCGUCAAUAUUCCGUGAUUCCGUCAGUUAUUCACCGUACGCACUGUAACACUAAAAACGUUGUGCUCUAUGCCGUAAUCGCCAUCAAUGCCAGUGUAUCCCGAACACCCAAUCUUCCGGUUACCAGAGCACAAAAUUAAUCAAUAGACAGUAAUCACUUGUCAGAAUAUUUAUCACGAUAAAGGUAACUAAGGGUAUGAUAUAUGUGAAUACUACUCAAAAAUCGUAACUGUGACGAUGAACAAACAUCAGGCAAUGGAGCGUCCACCUAUUUCCAACUGUGAUGGGGACGAAAAAGACAGUGCGUGGCAAAAAAUGAGUUUAAAAUCCAAGGCAGCGUUCGUGGCCCGGAACGUGACGGUAGAACCGAUGCUUGGCAUCUUCCAGCUUUCCAUGAUCAUGUCCAGCUUGACCACACAAAACCUGAACAUGCAAAAGGCUUGCCGAGUGAACUUAGAUUUGGACAAGACGGUGUGCUUUGCCCUAGAGAACAAAAAUGCCACGUCUUACCCGGCCGAGGAAGUGGCAGUACAGCAGCUAGUGACCAAGAUGAUGUUAUGGCAGAGCUUCAUCCAGAACAUGGUGCCUUGCGUUCUGGUGAUGUUUGUCGGUUCGUGGAGCGACCGGAACCGGAAGCGGAAGCCGUUCAUGCUUUUGCCAAUUAUCGGAGAGUUAGUUCGCAACAUCGGUUUAAUCGCUUGCGUGUACUUUUUUUACGAGCUUCCAAUGGAGAUUGCAGGUAUCAUCGAGACGAUUCCACCGGCCGUUACGGGUGGUCUACCGGUAUUGAUACUAGCGGUGUUCGCGUAUGUGGGGGACAUAAGCACGGUUGAAAAUAGAACAGUUCGAGUCGGGUUUGUAAGUUUAUUUUUUUCGAUCAGUAUUACCUUUGGAUCAGCGUUAUCCGGAAUCGUGUAUCGAGAUUAUGGGUUUUACGGCGUGUACGUUAUAUCUACUGCAUUGUAUUUAUUCAGCUUCAUAUACUGCAUAGUUGUUAUCAAAGAUAUUGAGCCUGAUGUAGAAAAAUACCAUGAGAACCAUAUUGCAGUUGAACACUGUAAAAAAUCACUUUUUCGAGAGAUAACCGAUUUCUUUGACUUAAAUCAUGUAAAAGAAGCAAUUCGUGUUACAUUUAAGCGACGAAAUGACGAUAAUCGAAGAAACGAUAUUAUAUUGUUGUUUAUUAUCAUGGUCAUUAUUUUGGGUCCUCUCAGUGGUGAACAAACAUUGAUGUAUUUGUUAGUCCGAGUUAAAUUCGGUUGGAAUGAAGUAGAUUUCAGUGUUUUCUCCACGUAUUACUUUAUUUGUAAUCUCGCAGGUAUUGGGUUUUCAUUGUGGAUUUUAGUUAAUCGUUUGGGUAUUGACGACAGACUGAUUGGAGCAAUUGGAUGUCUGAGCAAAGGAUUGGCUUCCUUCGUUUACGCCUUUGCACCGACCGAAUUCUUAUUCUACUUAGGUCCGAUUGUUGACCUUUUUCAUGGUACAGCACUUGUUGCAUUUAGGGCGAUACUCUCGAAACUUGUUCCUGCAAACCAACUCGGUCAAGCGUUGGCGGUAUCUUCACUUGUCGAAACCAUAGUUCCUGCAAUAUUUCGACCACUAUAUAGUGUGAUUUAUUAUAAAACAUUACACUAUGUUCCCGGAGCAUUUUACGUAUUUGGAGGAGUGCUUAAUCUUUUUGGUAUCUUUGUAUUCAUGUGGAUGUACAAGAAAAAAAAACAAAAUGAAAAAUGUGAAUAUUUUGAAGAGAAACAGGCCUUAUCAGGAGAACCUAGCAGUCAGCGUCCAUAAAAAUACAGUGAAAACUGUGAAAAUUAUUAAUUUUAUUUUAAAUUAUUUUUAUAUAAAUGUUUUAUUUAUACAUACCAUAUAUAUAUUUUUUUAUAGUGUAUUUUUUUAUUUAUAAAAUAUACUACUUACUACUGCCAACCUAUUUUACGUGUAUAUAGUAUAUUAUUAUUUAAAUUAGUCAAGUUAAACCUAGCUGUACUGAAAUCUAUUUUAGUAUAUUUAAAUUAAAUUCUGUCCUGCAGCGAAAGAACACAGUUAUUCUGCACAUCCUUACUUGACACCCUGUUAUCAAUAUCGGAAUGCUAGAGUGUAACAAGUUGUCGAGCGAAAGUGCGCAGAAGAACAGUUUUUUUUUUGUUUUACUGGAGUAUAAACUAUUAUAAUAGGUAUUGCUUUUAAAAUGUUUUAUAUUUAUAUUCGUAUAGUUAUUAUAUUAUAUUGUUGUUGUUAAACAUAUAAAUGCUAGAGAAAUAAUAUACACAUAUAUUUUUUUAACUAAUAUUAUAUUGUUUAAUAUUUAUUAAAAAUAUAAAUAGAUAAUACAAAUA